UCCCCCGUGUAAGAUUGAGGUGGAGGAGGACAUUCCAGUCCAUGUGACCACAGGGCUUGUGGAGGAGGACCCCCAAGAUGGCACCCUUGCGCUUAGCUGUUUCCCACCACCUGUACCUCCUGAUGCUUCCCGUGGAGAAGAUGACCCGCGGAUCUCCAGAGUGCCCGCCUCGCCAGCAGGAAAUGCCAAUAAGAACUCUGAGGGAACCGUCAUUUUAUCGCAAGUAGAAGAUGAAGCCAUCAUGCCGCACUCUGCAGGAGAAAACCUCAUUACCCUGAUUGUAUAUCCAGAACUUCUCAUUACAGAUCUACCACGUAAUCCAAAUAAUUAUGAGGAACCUUUCAGUGACCAAUGUCAGAUUGUUAAAACAAGUCCAGAUCUAUCAUAUAAUCCUCCUAAUCAUGGUGAACCUCUUCCUGACCAAUCACAGAUUGUUACCACAAAUACUCCACAAUCACAUGUUAUUACAUGUAAGAAAACUCGCACAAGAAAGAGGAGAUUUCCCUGUUCACACUGUGGUAAAAGCUUUACAAAUAAAUCAUAUCUUAUUAUACAUGAGAGAAUUCACACAGGGGAGAAGCCAUUUCCAUGUUCAGAAUGUGGGAAAUGUUUUACAAAUAAAUCAGAUCUGGUUAAACAUCAGAAACGUCACACAGGAGAGAAGCCAUUUCCAUGUUCAGAAUGUGGGAAAUGUUUCAUUAGUAAAGCCAAACUUAGGGAACAUCAGAGAGUCCACACAGGAGUGAGGCCAUAUUCAUGUUCAGAAUGUGAGAAAUCUUUUAUGGAGAAAUCACAUCUUCUUCAACAUAAUAGAACUCAUACAGGAGAGAAGCCAUUUUCAUGUUCUAAAUGUGGCAAAUCCUUUACACAUAAAUCAGGUCUUGUUUUACACCAGAGACUUCACACAGGAGAGAAGCCAUUUUUAUGUCCUGAAUGUGGGAAAUCCUUUGCACAGAUAUCAAAUCUCGUUAUACAUCAGAGAAAUCACAGAGAAGAGAAGCCAUUUUCAUGUCCUGAAUGUGGGAAAUCCUUUGCACAGACAUCAAGUCUUGUUGUACAUCAGAGAAUUCACACAGGAGAGAAGCCAUUUUCAUGUCCUGAAUGUGGGAAAUCCUUUGCACAGACAUCAAGUCUUAUUAAACACCAGAGACUUCACACAGGAGAGAAGCCGUAUUCAUGUUCAGAAUGUGAGAAAUCUUUUAUGGAGAAAUCAUUUCUUCUUCAACAUAAUAGAACUCAUACAGGAGAGAAGCCAUUUUCAUGUUCUGAAUGUGGCAAAUCCUUUACAUAUAAAUCAAGUCUUGUUAAACACCAGAGACUUCACACAGGAGAGAAGCCAUUUUCAUGUCCUGAAUGUGGGAGAUCCUUUGCACAUUCAUCAAGUCUCGUUAUACACCAGAGACUUCACACAGGAGAGAAGCCGUAUUCAUGUUCAGAAUGUGGGAGAUCUUUUAUUUGUAAUGCCAGUCUUAAGUAUCAUCAGAGAAGUCACAGAGGAAAGAAAUAA